AUGACCAAGAAUUCAGCGACAGCGAAAUUGAUGCGAGAAUGCAAAAUCAUCAUUUGGGAUGAAUGCACGAUGGCACAUAUACUAGCUUUGGAGACAGUUGACCGAACGAUGAAAGAUUUACGAGGUAAUUCGAGACAAUUUGGUGGGGCAAUGAUAUUGCUCUCCGGAGAUUUUCGUCAAACACUUCCCGUCAUUCCGAAAUCUACUGCUGCCGAUGAAAUUAAUGCAUGCCUAAAAUCGUCGUUUUUGUGGCGACAUGUCAAGAAGUUGAAAUUGAACACGAACAUGAGAGUUGCGUUGCAAAACGACCCAUCGGCUGCUGAAUUCUCGAGACAACUGCUGGCGCUUGGUAAUGGACACAUUCCGAUUGAUGUUUUGACUGGAUUAAUAUCGUUUCCGGCAAAUUUUUGUGAGUUCACAUCGUCGAAGGAAGAACUCAUUACAAAAGUGUUCCCAAGCAUUGAGGUCAAUUAUAACAAUUUUGAUUGGAUGAGUGAACGGGCAAUUCUAGCAGCGAGGAAUAAGGACGUCGAUAGCUUGAAUUUUACAAUUCAGAGUAAAAUUGCUGGAGAACUACGUUCAUACAAAUCCGUUGACAGCACGACCGACGAAAACAAAGCGGUCAACUAUCCGACAGAAUUUUUGAACUCGCUUGAUGUGCCAGGUACUCCACCGCAUAAUUUACAGGUAAAAGUGGGAUCGAUCAUAAUUAUGUUGCGGAAUCUAAAUCCUCCUAAAUUGUGUAAUGGUACACGAUUGUCCGUCAAGAAACUGAUGAACAAUGUAAUACAAUCAACGAUCAUCAAGGACAAUUUCAAAGGGGAGGAAGUCCUUAUCCCACGAAUUCCGAUCAUUCCAACAGAUCUUCCAUUUCAGUUUAAGCGGAAUCAGUUUCCCGUUAGAUUGGCUUUUGCGAUGACAAUCAAUAAAUUGUAA